AAUAAUCCAAACUGAGACAAACACAGGAGGUUGCUUGAUCUGUAUAUUUCGACCGCCUUCUGGAAUUCUCUUCAGUAUUAUAUAUACGCUGAGAGAAAUAUACCUCUCGGAGUAUUUAUUCUAUUAUUAAUAGUUAUAUAACAAAAAUGCAAUUGAAACUCCAGGUAAGCAUAAAACUUUAUUUUGAUAUUUAUGUUUGUUAGGAAAAUUUUGUGUUGUCUCUGGUUCGAUAUUGUUUUAUGGGCAUUAUCAGUUUUAAUACUUUAAAAACUCAUUUUUUCCAGGUUGAACUGGAAAGUUCUGGACCAAUAUUAGUACUGACUUUUGCCUUCAUUGCUGGGUUAGGCUGGCGUAGACUGGGCACCGAGGAUCCUGACGUUUCUGCUAGUUACCGGUUUAUGUGGGAGAUCUUCCAGCCAAUGCUCUUCGCUUCAAUUGGAGCCGAAAUUGAUAUUGGAGCGACAGAUCCUGUCACUAUUGGCUGGGGGCUGUUAGCCUUGUUAAUUGGCAUCUCCUUCAGAAUAGCUACUUCGUUCAUUGUGGUGAUGGGCGCUUCCUUUACCAUAUGGGAGCGUUUGUUCAUUGCCAUUGCAUGGUUUCCUAAGGCUACUGUUCAGGUAGGAAUAUUGAUUAAUAUUAAUGGAUUGUGUAAGGGGCAGUGUCCUGUUCAAAACUGGGUGUUAGCUGACGGUUGUGGUUGGAGGCUGCAUGUUAGCAUUCCUUAGAUAGGAGCUGGGUGAUACAUGUACUAUCAAUUUAAAUGCAUGUUAUGGCAUUUUAAUGCCAUGACACGCAUUGUCUUAUAAAUGUACGUAGAAAAAAAACAUAACACGGGUGGGGUUUGAUCUCGCAGUCAGAGAGUCUCAAAAAACCAGACCAUCGCGUUAGCCCCUGGACCAGCUAGCCACAAUAGGAUUCGUCCAACUAGGUAUAUUUCUACACCAUAGGAAGGUUAGCAUAGGCACCACUGUGACAACAAAUGCAAGUUUUUACAGAUGAAUCUCCAGCUAGCGUGGCCAUGACGAACUCUAGCUCAA